AUGGCUGUUGGCGGCGGAGGUUGGAUCACUGGUCAUCCAUACCUGGACUCUCAAAUCAAACAGGGCUAUGCUGCGGCCAGCACUGACGGUGGGCACGGAGUGGAACGAUCGGCCGCAUCUUGGGCUCAGACCAGCCCUGGAAAUGUAAACUGGAAUCUGCUGCAAGAUUUCGCAUAUCGAGCGCUCGAUGAUAUGGCUGUAAUUGGCAAGAGCAUCACAACGUCUUUCUAUGGGACCGCUCCGAAAUACUCUUACUGGAAUGGAUGCUCGACUGGAGGUCGACAAGGUCUUAUGCUUGCACAGCGCUCUCCGAAACUCUUCGAUGGCAUUCUUGCAGCUGCACCUNNUGCAAUCGAUUGGCCAACUUUUGUCGUCUCUGCCUUCUGGGCUCAGCAACGCAUGCAUAGCCUAGACGCGUAUCCAUCAACUUGCGAACUCAUGGCCUUCAGAGCUGCUGCUAUAGAGGCAUGUGAUGAUCUCGAUGGACUCACUGACGGCAUUAUUGGAGCACCCGGUCUGUGUAGAUUUGACCCGCGUACUGUUGUGGGCAAGAAGUUCAAGUGCGAUGGCGUCGAAAAACAACUCACGUCUGCAGGUGCUACAAUAGCUCAAGCAGCUUGGACUGGACCUAUCGAUGAUGAUGGCAAAGCUCCUUGGUUCGGUGUCAAUCACGAUGCAGUCCUUCGUUCAGCAGACGAUGCUAUCGUAGUCGGCAACGGCAGCGCAAGAGACAAGACCAUUCCAGAAGAGUGGAUCAGUCUUUUCGUCGUCAAGAAUCCAGCAUACGAUACAACCAAAAUGUCAGACGCGGACUACUUCUCCGUACUCAGAGCGUCUCAGAGAGAGUACGACUCUAUCAUCGGCACGAACUGGGCAGAUCUAUCUGAGUUUCGUGAUGCUGGUGGUAAGAUGAUCACCUGGCAUGGCCUCGCAGACGACCGUAUCCCACCCAAUGGAACCUCACACUACUACGACCAAGUGCUUGCAAAAACCUUGAACGUCUCAGACUUCUACAGAUAUUUCGAAGCUCCGGGUGUCGGUCACUGCGCAGGCGGAGCUGGUCCUGUCCCGGAUGCUCACAGGGAUUUGGUUAGAUGGGUCGAGGAAGGUAUCGCUCCUAACACUCUAAGAGCAUUCAGUCAGCAUGGAGAUGGAACCAUCAGGGAGCUGUGUCAAUAUCCGCUAGUGCAGCGGUUCAUCGGAGGUGACCCAAAGGUCGCUUCCUCUUUUGUAUGCACAGCUGGAUUUGCUUGA